UUGAGCUGUUUUACAGAUUUACUACCUCUUGAUCCGUUACCGGUGACAACUUUGCGGAAUAAGUCAUUUGAAUCCAUAUACAAUUUCGCCUAUUUCAACCCGAUCCAAACUCAGAUUUUUCAUUGCCUUUAUAAUACAGACGAAAACGCGUUGAUUGGUGCCCCAACUGGCUCUGGAAAAACCCUUUGUGCUGAGCUGGCAAUUUUCCGACUAUUGCAGAAAUAUCCCGGUAAAAAGUGCGUUUAUAUUGCUCCACUGAAAGCUUUGGUGAGGGAGCGUGUGUCGGAUUGGAGGGAAAAGUUUGAGAAGAAAAUGGGAUACAGGGUUGUCGAAGUUUCUGGUGACUAUACGCCUGACGUCAGCACUUUGAAUGCUGCUCCGAUCAUGAUCACUACACCAGAGAAGUGGGACGGGAUAACAAGAAGCUGGCAAACUCGGGAAUACGUGCGGAAAGUGAAUCUGAUCGUUAUUGACGAAAUCCAUCUCUUAGGAGUCGAUCGAGGAGCAGUACUGGAAGCGAUCAUUACCAGGUGCAUUUAUUUUUGA